UUUAUGCUACCAAACAUGCCCAUACUAUGUACAUAAGCUCAAGGGCUAUUAAAAUAUACAGUACAAUUUAUUUGUUGUUUUUAUGCUCCUUUUCCCAAGAAAACCAUAGGAAUCCUAAGAAAAUACUCCGUAUACAAACUAUAAAAAUUUCGAAAAUAGUAAUAAUAAAAAAAUAAUAUUAGUAAUGAGUUACAAAUUAAAUACCACCGCCCAACUAUACCAUUCAUGAUUCAGCACCACCACAGCGGCUGCCUGCUCCGUCGUCGCCAUGCAAGGCCGCCAUAGCCACCGCUCCCAGCUUCUGGAGGUUCAGCUUGACGACGGUGUCCGUGAACAUCCGGGUAUCUUCGCCGGUGUUGCCUUCGGGAAUGUCGACGAUGUAGGACUCGAGGACGACGGUGUAAACGCCGGCGCCGUCCGGUCGGCGGAACUCGUUGACCGACGUGACGCUGCGGUAGUUGUUGAGGCGGUGCUCGCCGCCGACGACGCGGAAGCUGAGGACGUGCCUGUCGUCGUCGAGGAUCUCGAGGCGCUCGGUGCUGGUGGCAGCGGGGAUGCCGGAGACGACGGUGACCUCCCGGAUGCUGCCGACGCCGCCGUCGCCGGUCAUGGUGCAGCUCUUGAUGAAAUGCUUGUACUUUUGGGGGUUGUCGAAGCGGCGGACGAAGCGCCAGACGACGGCGGCGGGGGCGUGGAUGUGCUGAGUGAUGAGAGAGGUGCAGGUGUUGGGCAGGGGAUCGAAGGUGUGGUAGCGGCCGAUCAGCGCCUCCAGUCCGGCGAACUCCUCCGCCGUCAGCCCCUCAGCGCCUCCAAUUGCGUCGCCCAUUAUUUCUUUCGAUGAAUUCCUCCGAUCGAUCAAUUCAAUUCUAGUCUACCU